AUCCCGUGUUACCUCAGGUGUAUGGAAAGUGAAAUAGCUGCCUCCUAUAAAUGAGGUGCUGCAGGUCUGCUGCAACACAACACACAAGAGAAAUCAGUAUUUGCUCCUUCCAAAGGCGAAUUCUACCUUCUAAAAAUGCUCAACAGGAUUUUCUCUGUUUGCCUGCUUCUCAGUCUGUACAGUGCAGCCUCCUCCCUCAGCUGCAGAUGGAUGGAUCACAAAUUCAGUCAGCACAGUGAAAAGUCUUUGGAGCUACUAGACAGGAUGGAGAACAAUUCAACUAACACCACUGGGGAUGCUGAAGUGAAGAGCACUGCAGCCUUCCCUUAUGAUCUGUACAGCCAGGCGUCCAAAGCAUCAGCUGAGGAGAAACUUGGCUUCACAGUUCAGAUUCUGGAGGAGGCGGCUGCUCUGUUUGAGGAGGAUCACAGCUCUGCAUCAUGGGAGGAGAGGACACUGGAGGACUUUCUCAAUGUUGUAACCCAGCAGGCUGACGGCCUUCGCUCCUGUAUUGGGAGCCACGGCCACAAGAAGAAGAACAAGAAGCUGCACAUGUAUUUCAAGAGACUCUCACGCCACGUCCUAGAGCAAAUGGGCCACGGUGCUGAAGCCUGGGAGCUGGUCAGGAAGGAAAUUAGAGACCAUCUGACGAGAGCCGACCUGCUGGUUUCAUCUCUACUCACCACCAACUAAAUUAUUAUCUUCAGAUUAAUAAUAUGUUCAUUUAUUUACUUACAUGAAGUCUAUUUAUCGAUUUGUUAAUGCAUUCAUUUAUUUUUCAAGCUGCUUGUUUAUUUAUUUGUUGGUUUUCUACUCAACUUUUUUAUAAAUUAAGUUUCUUCAGAUGAAGAAUGUGAUAAUUUAUUUGCUUUAAUUAAGUUUAUUUAUCUAUUUAUUAAUGCAUUUAUUUAUUUAUCGCGCUUUUGUGUGUAUUUAUUAGUGGAUUGGUUGAUAUUCCACAUAACCUAUUUAUAAAUUAUUGUUUGU